AAUUACAGCCAUUUGCCUAACGAAGAAGAAGAAGAAACCCACUGACUCCGUUACUUUAUAACCGUUUUCCUUUACUCGCUGCAGGUUCAUGAAUGUGUGUCUUCAGUGAGCCAAUAGCGGCGGAGUGAGAAUGCUCCGCAGACUCGCUGCGCUGGUGCGGAGACCCAUGGCGGAAACCGCGCUGUCACCCGGGGUCAGGUUCGCCUCCUCGGCCUCGCUGGACAUCAAGGAACCGCUGAAUUUCUGGGCUGGGAGACGGAGAUCAAGCAAAGGAAGGAAUGGUGACGAAAAAGUGUUCGAGCCUGCAACAGGCCGUGUGUUGUGUGUUUUGGAGUCAUGUGGGUCAGCAGAGGUCGACCUGGCCGUCAGUGCGGCCAAGUCGGCUUUCGACGUCUGGAGCAAGACAUCCGGGAUGGAGAGAGCGCGGAUAAUGAUCCGAGCGGCGCACAUCAUUGAGAACAGAAGAGAGGAAAUCGCGGAAAUGGAGGUGGUCAACAAUGGAAAGUCCAUCACCGAAGCCCGUCUGGAUGUGGACUCGGCCCGACUCUGCCUGGAGUACUUUGCCGGUCUGGCUACCACUUUGGCAGGUCAGCACGUCCAGCUGCCUGGGGGGUCCUUUGCGUACACUCGGCGGGAGCCUUUGGGUGUUUGUGUUGGCAUCGGAGCUUGGAAUUAUCCCUUCCAGAUUGCCGCCUGGAAGUCAGCCCCAGCUCUGGCGUGUGGGAACUCCAUGGUGUUCAAACCGUCACCGGUGACUCCUGUGACGGCAGUGCUGCUGGCAGAGAUCUACUCCCAGGCUGGAGCUCCAGAGGGGCUCUUCAACGUGGUGCAGGGGGGGCAGGAGACCGGCAGCCUGCUGUGCCUCCACCCUGAUGUGGCAAAGGUGUCGUUCACUGGCAGCGUGCCCACUGGCAAGAAGAUCAUGGAAAUGGCCUCCAGAGGGGUGAAGCCUGUGACGUUGGAACUCGGAGGAAAGUCUCCUCUCAUCAUAUUCCAGGACAGCGAUUUGGAGAACGCCGUCAGUGGAGCACUCAUGGCCAACUUCCUCUCUCAGGGACAGGUUUGUAGCAACGGUACAAGAGUCUUUGUCCAAAGAGAAAUUCUCCCCAAAUUUGUGGAGGAGGUUGUGAAACGGACGAAGGCCAUUCAGAUCGGGGAUCCCCUCUUGGAGAGCACCAGGAUGGGAGCACUGGUCAGCAAGGCACACCUCGACAAAGUUCUCAAAUAUGUUGAUCAAGCAAAGCGAGAGGGAGCAGCUGUGUUGUGUGGAGGGGAACCUUUCUUGCCCUCUGACCCCAAACUCCAGGGUGGAUACUACAUGACACCAUGUGUUUUGGGCAACUGCACAGAUGAGAUGACGUGUGUGAAGGAGGAGAUCUUCGGGCCCGUCAUGUCUGUGCUGUCCUUUGAAACGGAGGAGGAGGUGCUGAGGAGAGCCAACCACAGCGACCUGGGACUAGCAGCUGGAGUUUUCACAAAGGACGUGACGCGAGCCCAUCGUGUGGUCGAACAGCUGAAGGCGGGUUCCUGUUUCAUCAACAACUACAAUAUCACUCCCGUGGAGGUUCCGUUUGGGGGCUUCAAAAUGUCUGGGAUCGGACGGGAGAACGGCCAGGUGACCAUUGAGUACUACUCUCAGCUGAAGACCGUCUACGUGGAGAUGGGGAAGGUGGACAGCCUCUUUUAGAAAGUGGUUCACAGAUCAUUUGGAGUGGAAGACCUUCAUGACUCAAAGAAGACCAGGCAUUUGUGUGAAGAGACCUGUAGUACGAACUCUGGUCAGUCAGCCAAGGAUGGAUGGUUUAGUAACUUGAACGAAUGAUGAAGCUAACCCUGUUGUGUGUUAAAUGGCAAUUUAAAACCACCACUCGAGGCCUUUCUCAGUGGAUAAAGCUGUGUUAUUGUCAUUUGAUUUCCAGUUUUUCACAUGAAAAUCACAUUAAAAAUGUAGCAAUGUAGAAAGCAAUAUGCUUCAGUUACUUAAUAUAACCUUAAUAUACUUUUAUUUUCCAGUGAACAAUACAUUUUAAUGAAAAGAUGAAUAAACGUAGAACAAUAUAUUUUUUGACACCUUCUCCUAAUAUGGCUAUGAACCAACACACCUGAACUGAAUGAACUGUUUAACAAGUGCUCUGUUGCCUCUCAUUGCAGGGCAGAUUAAAUUCUCUUCUUCUUCCUCGCAAGCCUUUUCACUUUGUUUCCCUGCAGUAAACGUGCAACAGAGUCUGAAUGUCAACUCAUACCGAACCACCGAAUGUCAAAGUCUGGUCCAUCACAUUUUAAGGAGAGAAA